AUGCGAGCACCUUACUCACUGUCUUGCCUCUUGCUCCUGAGCCUGGGCACCUGCUUCCCUCUUGGCAAGCGGCAGGAGCUGGCAUCCCCUGAGCACGGGAGCUCGCUGAAGCCCAGCUGGCAUCGCCUGGCAGCUGAGGACUGGGGCGGCUGGAGGGCAGCAGCAGAGCGCAGGCCAAGCGAGGAGCUGAGCUCAGUGCUGGGCAUCGCCCGGGAGCUGCGGGGCCUGGGCAAGGAGGGGACCAGGAGGCAGCUGGGCAGGCAGGGGGGCCCCGAGCUGCUGCCCACGGCGGGGGAGAAGCGCAGCGGAGCCCUGGGCAACCUGGCUGAGGAGCUCAAUGGCUACAACAGGAGGAGAGGAGGCUUCACCUUCCGCUUCGGGAGAUGA